AUGGGGACGCAAGUUGGUAAGAAGUUCGCUUGGGUGAUAAAGAACUUCUCAUCUUUGGAAUGUAAGAUCUGUUACUCUGCUCCCGUCCUGAUAGGUGAUCGCAAAUGGGAAGGUUUUCUGGAAGAUGGAGAUCUCAUAGUUGUUGCUGAGGUAGAUGUUCUUGAAGUUGUUGGAACAUCAGAUGAGCCAGGGGAAUCUAAAGAUGGAAGCAGCAAUCUGAAAAUUAUUAAUGGAGAUGAUGGUGUUCCGGAGUCUAAUGAUUACCUCAAAAUCAAAGUAGCUUCAUUUGGAACCGGAAACAUGGAUAUCAAUGGCUUUCAAGUUCUUCCUUCACAGGUAGAAUCUGUGAGCCGUAUAUUUGAAAGACACCCUUACAUUGCAGUCCGAUUCCGUGCAAUGAACCAACAUACGAGGGAGACAUGCAUGAAUAUUUUGCUCAGAUUGAUCGAGAUGCUGUGCCAGUCACUUGAUGAGCUCUCCAGUAAUGAUAUUUUGGGAGCAGACACUGCACUUGCAUACUUGAAAUCUGUGCAUUUUAAUGUGGCUUGGUUGGAGAAGAAACUGGACUUGGUAAAAGCAAACAAGGGCAAAGAGCAGUCCAGUUUGGUCAGGCUCCAAGAGAUGGAGGAUAAUUUACUUGAACUGAAGCAAAAAUGUUCAGACUUGGAUGCUUUAGUUGAGAAGGAAGAGGCUGAGUUGUCGGCUAUCAGAACUCCUCUGUCGUUUGAUGAUGUUGUUUGA